AUUUCUAGUGGAUGCUACUUCAUUUUCCUAGUAGGAAAGAAUGUUAAGAGCUGGCAUUCACAGAGAAGAAUGUAGUUAGCUGUAAAUAUCACUUUCUUUUGUUACUUAUGCAGACCUACAUUAUCCAUUCACUAGUUACUUUAUAUGCAGGGUUGUUCAUAUUUCCCCAUUUGCUAAUAGAUUAUCAAUGCAUCUUCCAUCUCAUCUUCAAUUCCUGAGAUGCUUUUCCAAUUAUGAAGCUUUGAGGUUCUCCUUGGCCAUAUCGACACUUGCAAAGAAGUUAGUCAAGCGCAUGAUUGAGAGGAGCUCUAACUCUGUUGGGAAGUAUAUUUCUAUCCACCUUCGCUUUGAGGAGGACAUGGUAGCCUUUUCAUGUUGUAUUUAUGAUGGAGGAGUGGUUGAAAAGUCAGAAAUGGAUGUGGUACGUGAGAAAGGAUGGGGGAAGAAGUUCAAACAAAAAUAUCGUGUUAUUGCACCUGGUCUCAACCGCAUAAAUGGAAAAUGUCCUAUGACCCCUGUAGAGGUCGGAAUGAUGCUCAGGGGUAUGGGAUUUGCCAAAGAUACUCCAAUAUAUUUGGCUUCUGGGAAGAUUUACCAGGCCGAUAGAUAUCUAGCACCUCUUCGAAAGAUGUUUCCUCUCCUACAAACCAAGGAGACUUUGGCAACCAAAGAUGAGCUUGCUCCAUUUGAGGGUUAUUCAUCAAGACUCGCUGCUGUGGACUACCUAGUAUGCUUGUUUAGUGAGGUAUUUGUAACCACUCAAGGGGGAAACUUUCCUCAUUUUUUGAUUGGUCAUAGAAGGUACCUUUUUAAUGGACACGCCAAGACUAUCAAACCUGAUAAAAUCAAGCUUGUAUCUUUAUUGCAGAACACAAGUAUAAGCUGGAUUGAAUUCAAGGGUCAAAUGGGAUCAAUGCUGGCCGAAAGUGAUAGGAAGGGCAUAAUGGUACCUAGAGUUAAGAAGUCCACCAGAAAAGGUUCUAUCUAUUCGAAUCCUUUGCCUGAAUGCAGGUGUCUUUGGGAGUCAAAAAGAGCUACCAACCGAAGCAAUUCGUACCUCAUGGUAGAUCGCUGAGAUUCGUCCCUGGUUCUAAGUUUCUUCUGAUUUUGAGCAGUCUAAGUUGAUCAACUAAUCUGGGAUCCUUUUGCAAGCACCAUUUACUUUUCUAUUUUGCUUGUUAUUUGUGCAAUCGUAACGGAGUCUCCACGUGCUGCCAUGCUAUAUCCAUGGAAAUCAGUAUACUUCCAGCUUGUCAUAUUGGGGUCUACCAGUUUAUGUGCCAAUAGAAUGUGGUGGAAAAGAGCUGAGGCUCCAAGUCCAACAUUGAUUACAGGAACCAAAGAUUGUCAAAGCAUCUCAGUCGAGAUCAUGAGAAUUUAUUUUCCAGUUUUUCCUUAGCCAGCAAGGCAGGACAUUUCAUCUGUCUGGAGUUGAUAUAUCAGUUUCUCAGAUCCUAAAGGUUUCAGUUAUUCUUUUUUAUAGUGUAGAUUCUUGGUUCUUUCUCCCUUCUUUAAUUUUGUUACUGCCUUUCACAUUGCUUCUGGGAAGUUUGUACUCUAAUACUCUACCUAUUAUAAUACUAUAAGUUUUAGUAAAUUGAAUUUCAGGAUUUA